UUUUCCCAGGACUUUGCCGAUUCAAUAUUCCACUUGGUGAGGGAGAAGUACCGGUCGCUGGUGGGGGGCUGCGGUCCGGCGCACGCUCGACACAAAUCCCUGGCAGGCAUCGUAAUGACCCGAGAUCUGGACCUGAGGUACGCCCAGGUGGUGGCGUUAUCUACGGGCACCAAGUGCAUCAACGGGGAGUAUCUGAGUGACCAAGGCCAAGUGGUCAACGACUGUCACGCCGAGGUCACAGCUCGUAGAGCCCUGCUACGCUUCCUCUACUCACAACUUGAACUCUUCUUGAGUAAAAGGCUAGAGGACUGGGAGGAGUCAAUAUUUGUCCGCCACAAAGAGUGCAGCUACAGACUGAGAGACAAUGUCCAUUUCCACAUGUACAUCAGCACCUCGCCGUGUGGAGACGGAAGGCUCAACUCGCCCUACGAAAUGACCACAGACCUACACAGCAGCAGACACCUGAUGAGGAAGCACCGAAGCCACCUGCGGACCAAAAUAGAAUCCGGAGAAGGCACGGUGCCGGUGCGGUGCCGGGGGCCGGUCCAGACCUGGGAUGGCGUGCUACAGGGGGAACAGCUCAUCACCAUGUCCUGCACCGACAAAAUCACCAGGUGGAACGUCUUGGGGCUGCAGGGGGCGCUGCUGAGCCACUUUGUGGAGCCGGUCUACCUGCACAGCGUGACGGUGGGCAGCCUGCGCCACACGGGCCACCUGGGCCGGCAGCCAGGGAAGGCCACGUGUGUUAGCCUCAACUGGACGCAGGGCGACCAGCAACUGGAGCUGGUCAACACUGCGACCGGACGGAGAAGGGACACGGCCACGCCCUCGCGGCUCUGCAAGCACGCUCUGUUCACCCGCUGGAACAGACUCUACCGCAAGCUGGGGGUCCUCGUGUCCAGCUCGGCUGACCGCCAGCUCCUGUACAGCGAGGCCAAGAUGGCGGCGCGUCCCUACCAGACAGCGAAGCAGCAGUGGUUCCGGUCCCUGCAGGAGUCGGGCCUCGGGACCUGGGUCAAAAAACCACCGGAGCAGGACCAGUUCCUGCUCUCCGCCUGAGUGUGUGUGUGUGAAUGUGUGUGUGUGUGUAAGAGAAAGAUAUACAGAGAGUAAUGCGUUUGUGUGAGCUUUAUUUCAUUUUUUUUUUUUUAGAGUAAGAUAAUGCGUUCUACAGGCUCAUACUUGGAUGUUUAGCCUCCAAACCCGAGGCUGACAGCCCCCUUUUGUGUUUGUGUUGCAUCCUUGUUUGCGUCACACAACUGUUCGGUACAAGAAAAGACCGGUAAAAGGUCACCUGCGCAUUCUGGACAGAAAGAGGGGGGGGGGGGGAUGGCCAUUUUGGGUCAGACGUUUCUUUAAAAACAUAAACAAAAAAUUUUUUUAAAA